AUGGACUGGUUCCUCGACGCAAAGGGCUUGUCCAGCCCACGGGUCGACCCGUUGUCCAGCACCCAGCUCCUCGGCCAGUUGGUCAUCGGUGAGCUGCCCGCCGACGUGACGCCUGAGGCGGUGCACGCCUUAUUUGAGACCGUGCCGCUGCCGGUCAAGAAGACGCACCCGCAGCAGAGCUGCGUGACGUGGGUCCUGGACGCCGUCGAGCGCCUUCAAGAAAGGGGCUGGGCGCGCCUUUUUGACGUUGAGAAGACGAAGGAGGACGCGCUCGCGUAUGCCGACAACCGGAACUGGCCUAGUACUGAGCCAGAGAUCAAGCACUAUGGUCUCAGCGCUGAUGAAGCGCAAACAACUGUCGUCUAG